AUGGCUAACCAAGUGGUUCCACGUGAAACUCACCUUCAUGGCCAACCAUCUGGCCCUCCCAACUUGAUUACCCUUAAUUGGAGGGACCUUAUCAGUUCUAGUUGGAAGGAUACAAAUUAUAAACGAACUGCAAUGGCAAGUCUUGUACAGGCAGUUUACUUGCUUGAACUUGAUAGGCAGGAGAACAGAACACAAGAAAAUGCUCUUGCUCCAAGUUGGUGGAUUCCCUUCAAGUACAAGCUCAUACAAGUAUUGAUUGAUGAAAGAGAUGGGUCCAUUUUUGGUGCAAUAUUUGAAUGGGAUCAAUCUGCAGCACUGGCUGACUUUCUACCAAUUAGACCAAGUGGUGCCCCUAAAGCUGUUUUAGCACUCAGAGGAACAUUACUCAGAAGCCAUACAAGGCGAAGAGAUAUUGUAGAUGACCUCCGUUUUGCUGCUUGGGAAAGCUUGAAAGGCUCUGUUAGGUUUAAGGUAAUUCUGGAGACACUAAAAUCAGUUUCUGAUAUAUAUGGAAGCAGAAAUAUAUGUCUUGCAGGGCAUUCCUUGGGAGCUGGAUUUGGUCUUCAAGUGGGAAAUGAACUAGCAAAAGAAGGGAUUAAUGUGGAGGCACAUUUAUUUAAUCCACCUUCUGUUUCGUUAGCCAUGAGUCUUGGAAAUAUUGGAGCAAAGGCAGAAUAUGUCUGGAAUGGACUUAAAUUUAUGUUUUCUUCAGGUAGUGAACCUCAAGUUAAGAAUGAUGGAGAGAAGACUUGCAGUGUAGAAUUGAUGAGAUUUAUACAUGGAUUUUCAGGCUUGAUGGAUCCAUUUUUAUCGGAUGUCCUUGAAAGGACAUCAAGCUUGAUGGAUGCUGGCUUUGGUGUGGAAAAUUGGGUUCCUCAUCUGUAUGUUAAUGAUAGAACUAGCAAUGACUAUAUCAGUUGCUUUUAUAGUUAUACUGAUGGAACUGGAGAGAAGAUUACUGACGAGGAGAAUAUGAGUCCAAUAAAUGGGUCGAAUGCAGCAAAGUUGUUAGUUGGUUUCAAGGAAAACCAGAGAUUUCUUGAGGCACAUGGCCUGAAACAAUGGUGGUCAAGUGAUGCAGAACUUCAGCAGGAUAUUCAUGCUAGCAAACUCAUAACCAGGCAACUUAGAUCUUUGAACACUGCCACACCUUCCAAGUACUACUUU